AAGGCUUCCAUCGUAUAGGACAGUGAUUCCUUGCCAAUAUCAAGUUUAAAAGAGACAUGUGGUGCGCUCUUCUGCUGCUGUCAGCGUCAGUGGCUUAUGUACACAGUCACGGCAGGGUCUUGCAGCCUCCUUCUAGAGCGUCAGCCUGGCGAUACGGCUUCCCAACGAAGCCCAACUAUGACGAUGAUGGACUCAAUUGCGGUGGAUUUUCCCAUCAGUGGUCGGUCAAUGGUGGCAAAUGCGGUAUCUGUGGAGACCCGUACGAUGCACCCACUCCCCGAGCCCAUGAACUUGGCGGCGUUUAUGGCGACGGUGUGAUCGUAGAACAUUACCUACCAGGAUCCGUUUUUACGACAACAGUCGACAUGACCGCCUCCCACCGCGGCUACUGGGAGUUCAAACUCUGCCCAGACCCCUCGCGAAACGAUCAGGAAUGCUUCGACGAACAUGUCCUCGAGUUAGAAGAGGGUGGGAAUUCAUACCGUCCGGACAGAGGAAGCUCAAAAUACGAGGUUAAUUAUCGUCUUCCCAGUGGAUUGGUUUGUGAUCAUUGCGUGCUGCAAUGGAGGUAUACAGCCGGGAACAAUUGGGGAGAUUGCAACAAUGGCACCCAGGCUCUUGGAUGCGGGAACCAAGAGCAGUUCUUCGCGUGUUCCGAUAUAUCUAUUGGUGUAUCUAAAACUCAAGGUGUGGAUACACCACCUGAAGAAUUUGAAGAUAUCCCAUACCCGUUGCUGUAUUAUUUGAGGAACGGAUAUUUCGAUGGUCAAGGUCUACCGCAUCAGCUGCACCAUAGAGCGCACCCACCACAGUCACCGCCAGUCACGAGGUCACGAAAGAAGAAAAAGACCCGCCGGAAAAAUAAGAAAAAAAUCAGACCGCAUAAAUUAAAAAAGAUGCUACACUGGGGAUGAAGCAGUCUUAAAAAUUAUUAAUAAAACAACCAAAUUAACUCCGUUAAUUUUAUUGCCUUUAUUUACAUAAUAAAUAAUAACCGCAAAAGAUACGUGAAACAACCAUUACAAUCUUCCAUUUUAAAUUUCGAAUCGCAUCUGUUAUUGGUCUAACUAAUCACUACAAAAGCAGUCACACCGCACAAGUAACCAAUCAAACCCGAGUUACAAUUAUACCGCGAAAACUCAAUAUCCCGCGCCAUUGGUGUUCGAAAUUUCAAAUCGAGAAACGGAAAUAGGUCGAUUUGACAUUCCGUAUUACCCAUUAUUUGUAAGGGUCUAUAUACAAAUACACUUGUGUUCAAUGUGGUCGUAAUGGAACGUUCAAGGCAUAGACACGAAGGAAAUAAUUAUUCUGCAAUGUAAAGAAAUAAAAAAAGUCUAUUUAAAAAAUAUUAACUACUGUGUACAUAUAUAUUUUUCUAUUUUUAUUUAUAGAUUAAUUCAAUUAUUAGAUGAGUAUUAUUAAUUGUAUAUCAAUGCUCAAUCAAGCUGUUUUUUAAAUAAAAUGUAGCUAAGGACACAAUUUACUAAUGCCAUAAAACGUUUCAUUCCAAGCACAUUUGAUCAAGUUUAAAUUCAAUAUAUCAUAGACUAUAGAACUUCUCCUUUGUGUGAGGAUCACGGUAUAUUGGUAAUAUCUAUAUACAAACAAAUUAUACAAAUGUAUCUUUAAUACAAAAUCUACAGCAGCGUGUAAAAAAAUCCGAGCAAUAUGAGUGUCGAAUUAAUAGCCUAAUAGUAAAAUGCUGUAAAUAACUUCAUGUCUAAUAAUAUUGCCUACAUUUAGCAAGAACAAUGAUUAUAUUAUAUAAUUACUUAAUGCAUUUAUAUUAUUUUGUUUAAUUCCGCUACCGUUGUAACGGAAUUAAACAAAAUGAUAUAAAUCCAUUACGUAAUAAAAUUGACUUCUGCAAAACACCUAAUUCGAUAAAAUAUAUAUUAUAUAACUCUGUUUCUAUUAUUUCUUAGUUUCAUAUAUUAUGUAAGUACGCAAGUUGGAUAUAUAUAUGUAAAUUGCUAUAUAAAUUAUUGGACAUAACACACCAAAAACUAAUAAACGAGGCACAACGUUUUUAUCACUCGAAUCCUAUUUGUGCAAAUUAAUGUAAGCAAUCUAAUCUAGUAAACUGACUGGGUUUUAACCGUUUUGUAUCUAAUACCAUAGUGCAGUAAUAGAUUUUUUAUAGUCAAUAUUGUUGUAUAUAUUUUAAAUAUUAUAAGUAAUUAAAUAACGCCUCACCGUCACAAUCCAAUUUGAACUUUAAAUACAGUUCCAAAGCAACUAAAUCCCAUUCAAUAUAU